AUGGCUAUGCUUGAUGGUGACAUUGCAGAGGACACUGCACACCAGCGUCUCCAGUUUCCAGCUGGAGAAGGUCCUGAUGUAUUUAGUUCAAAAAGUCUUGCUCUUCAAGCCCAGAAAACGAUUUUGAACAAAAUAGCCGGCAAAACUGUGGCUAAUAUGUUGAUUGAUGACAUCAGCAGUGAGAUCCUUGAUGAGCUCUACCAAGUCACAAAGGAGCACACCCAUAGCAAGAAGGAGGCCCAUAAGAUCAUGAACGACUUAAUCAAAGUAGCAAUCAAAAUCGGAAUCCUCUAUCGGAACAACCAGUUCAGCCAAGAGGAGGUUGUUAUUGUGGAAAAGCUCCGGAAGAAGCUGAAUCAGACUGCCAUGACCAUGGUCAGCUUCCAUGAAGUGGAAUAUUCCUUUGACAGGAAUGUGCUCUCUAAGCUUCUGCUUGAGUGCAAGGACCUGGUACAUGAACUGGUGCAGCGACACUUGACACCCAGGACCCAUGGGCGCAUCAACCAUGCCUUCAACCACUUUGCUGAUGUGGAGUUCCUCACUACCCUCUAUAGUCUAGAUGGAGACUGUAGGCCUAACAUCAAGAGGAUUUGUGAAGGAAUUAACAAAUUGUUAGAUGAGAAGGUCCUUUGAAUGCUUUUGCUCCUCCUGAACUUUGCUGCUUUAUAGUUAUAACACCAAACCUGAUCUAGUGCAAAUCAAGAAAACAAGUAGAAACCCUUGUUAAAUAUCCCCUUGUUCUGUCCUCUUUGUGCUCUCAUGCUAAUGCCAACCUAGGCUCAGGUAUACUUACCUCUGAGUUCA